AUGAAGAAAAAAGAGAAAAAGAAAAAAAUACAGCCUUCACCCACACCGCCACCCCCUCCACCAAAGAAAAAGAAGCUCCCUGACCAAGAACAGAAAGCCAUAAAUCAGGCCUGGUGGCGGGGCACCCUGGUGCGCAGGACAUUGCUGCAUGCGACACUCAGAGCAUGGAUCAUUCAGCAGUGGUGGAAGAUGACACUGGCAAAGCUGCUGGAAAAGAGGAAACGAGCAGCCCUAGAGUCCUACGCUCAGCAAGAACGGGCAGUGGUCAAGCUACAGUCCUUGGUCCGCAUGUGGCACAUACGCCAGCGAUACUGCCGUUUGCUCCAUGCUGCCCGCAUUAUUCAGCUGUAUUGGCGCUGGCAUAAUUGCCAUAGCCGUGGCUUUUUCCAGGGCAGCUAUGACCUCACAGCAUCCCAUCUGGGACUAGAACUCGAGAUUUUUCUGGGGUCACAGAUUUGUUGGAUUACAGACUGCAUCCCCUUCCCAAUAAAGAGCUAA